ACACACACAAGCUGACGGGUACCGGAGUGAUUUAUAUCAACGCCUACCUUCCCUUGGCGUGUGCUUGCGGAAGAGCCGUUACCUGGUUACAGGGGAGUGAUGGAGCAUUGAGUAAUGUAAUGUUCAGGACUCCACAGAUAUGAGAGUUUCUCUCUCGCUCGCCGAGUCAAGCCACCACGCGCUGUUCCUGCAGCAUCUUCGGAGCACGCAACCAACACAUUGUCCAGGAAAAACGGUUUAAUCUCCGACUUAAGUUAAAAAAUAUCUCCACGAAGAGUCUCCAGUUUGUCAUAUUCCCAAUAGUAAGGACCAAGUUGGCGGACAAAUAUUGGUUUAAGGACAAUGGCCCCCAGCUGAAGGCAGUGACGGCAAGAGGGUGAGAUGGAGCUGACCUCAACAGACGCCUCUGCUGCGCUGGGCUUAUGGGGCAACAGCUCCAUUCCUGGUUUUCUCCUUAACGAGAGCGUUCUCAAUGACACCUGUUUCCUCAAUGCUUCAAACUGCACCAAUGAGACGGAUCCAGGGAACCGAGCAGGAACGAGCAUGGCUGGAAUCCUCAUCCCUCUCAUUUACAUAAUCGUCUGCGUCGUCGGCCUGGGAGGAAACUCUCUUGUCAUUCACAUCGUCCUGCACUACUCCAAGACGGAGUCGGUGACCAACAUCUACAUCCUGAAUCUAGCUAUAGCUGAUGAGCUCUUCAUGCUGGGCCUUCCAUUCCUCGCUGUGCAGAACGCCAUGCACUCCUGGCCCUUCGGCUCAUUCACGUGCAGGUUGGUCAUGACCGUUGACGGCAUUAACCAGUUCACCAGCAUCUUCUGCCUCACUGUAAUGAGCAUCGAUCGCUACCUGGCCGUGGUACAUCCAAUUCGGUCCUCUAAAUGGAGGCGACCACAGGUGGCCAAGGCUGUGAAUGGAACAAUCUGGGCAGUCUCCUUUUUGGUGGUCUUGCCUGUGGUGAUUUUUGCAAACGUGCAACGAGAAGGAGGAAUCUGCAACAUUAUAUGGCCAGAGCCAGCCAACAUCUGGGGAGCAGCAUUUAUAAUUUACACCUCCACAGUCGGCUUUUUCUGUCCCUUACUAGUCAUCUGCAUGUGCUAUCUCCUCAUUGUGAUCAAGGUCCGCAGCUCAGGAAAGAAGGUUCAUGCCACGUCAACCAAACGACGCAAGUCGGAGCGAAAGGUCACACGAAUGGUGGUGAUAGUGGUGGCUGUGUUCGUUUUCUGCUGGAUGCCAUUUUACGCCCUCAACAUCAUAAACCUGGUGGAAUCGCUCCGUGACGAGCCGCAGGGCCUGCAUCUUUUCGUAGUGGUAUUGUCUUACGCUAACAGCUGCGCUAACCCUAUUGUUUACGGCUUUCUUUCGGACAACUUCAAACGGGGUUUCCGGAAGGCCCUAUGCCGCUCAUCUCGAAGGGUCGAGAACCACGAGCCCACCGAGCAGCAGCAGCAGCAUCAGGAGGAACGAAGAAGAGUGCUCAUGCCCAGGGAAAGCCUUAGAAGAGCAGUGAGAGAUGAAGAGGAUGAGGAAGAAGAAGAGGACAGGGAGGAAGUGACAGAGAUGACGGAAAUUUGCAGGAUUACUCAGAAUGGAAAUGGAAGUGGACAAGCUGAGAGUACCCGAGCGCUUUUCUUAGAGCGACCCUCGGGUACAGGGGUUUCUGAGGUAUGUUCGCCAGACAGGAGAGGCACGGGUGGGGGUGCUGUUGGUAAAGGACCGGGAUUUGGGCCUGCUGCGACCUUGCUGAACGGGGCCAAAAAUGGUAAUGUGAAAACACUGCCAGAGGAACCGGUGGAAAAGAACACCUCACUGGAGAUCAGCUACUUGUAAACUUAUGAUCUGUGUCAGCUGGAAAAAUAGUAUUAUUGUACAUGCCUCUGUUCAGCCUGUAGUUACUUUCACUCCUGGAGUCUAUCAAUUCAUCCUAAAGUCUGAGUUUACUAUGAAAUUUCCUUCUAGUAAUUAGACUUAGUGAUAUGGAAGUGUACAAUUUUAAAGCAGAAUUUAAAAAUUGUAAAAAAUGGAUUUUGCCUUAUUUAUAGGACUUGGCAAAUCAAAACAAGGGUUUUCUGCAGCAUUUCAUGGUUUCAGUACCUAUAUGGGACCAGCACCACAAUAUGUGAAGCAUCUAUGUGCCUUUUUCUAAAUUUAUUGAGGAGACUUAAUCAAUGCAAUGAAUCCAUGGCUACGACUGGGCACUAGAUCACUAAGUACGUUUGCAUGCACAUUUGCUUGAUUAUAACUGUGCAUGUAAAUGUACUUAGUGAGACUUGUAGCGUGUUAACGUGAUAAAAUAAUGGUGAAGAUUUUUGUACGUGUAAACAGGUCAGUAAUUAUAUACCACAAAAAUUCCUACAUCAGCUUGUAGUUUUCUGUAAAUAUAUUUUGUAUGUGCUUUUUGCCUUCCUUGUAAAAGUAUUGUACACUAAUUGAAAUCUGUUGCAAACAGGUCUUCAAAUUCAA